AAAAUACAAAUGUACCUAUGACAAAUCCCAGUUUUAUAUACAUGCGUCACACAUAUUCAAUGUUCUGACUUGAUUUCCUCCAGUCACAUAAUAAAAGUUUCCUUUGAAAAGACAUGGCCAAGAGCAAUGGUGGAAAUGAUUGGCGAUAUCUCUCACAUUCAGUAAGUCCAUGAUCACAAUACACCUUUAGAUCUACUUGGAGGAAAUGAAGCAGAAUUUAAACGACCUACCUUUGCCCCAUGCAAAUCAGUGUACAUUGACUCACACAGUGACAGGUGCGUCAGUCGGGCAGGUACCCGGAAGAAGAGAAAAAAACACCAGGAGCUUGUUCGAGUUACAGGUACAAUGAACUUCGGGAAAACAUAUAGAAACUUGUUUGAUUACUACCGAAAAUUGUGUUAACCCUUACUGAGAAGAGACUACCUCUAACUCCGCUAUAGCCAUGGACCAGAGGAACCUACAGGGAGAGUUUAAGGAUCAGUUUGCAGACGUGGUGUCCAGACUGCAGUCUAAACAGCUGUUCCAGUCUGACUGGGACAUCGCCUCCUUUGCUGUCUUCUUCAUCUUCAUCGGCAUGGUUCUGCUGCUUGUUCUCCUGGUUCUGAUCCGCUGCUGCUGCUGCUGUGAUGAACAGCCUAAAAGACACAAAGUGGGCCAUGAAAACUUUGGAAUGGAUUCCUGAAAGAAACUUGGAACAGAAUCAAAGAUUCCACAAUGACGACUUUUAGAAAAUCAAUUAGUCCUUUUAUAAUUAAUUGUAUUCAUCUUUUUAGAUAGAUGCACUUUAUAUUUGCACUUUUAUCUGUGUGCCAAACCAAGAGUUGUAUAACUUGUUUUCAUCCCGGUCCUAUCUAUUUACUUUGACUGGUGGAAAAUGUUGCACUCCCUGUGGUAACCUGUUUUAGCUGUUGUCUAAUGGUGGAAAGUCAUCGGAGGUCAUAUGAAUCAGUUUUACUUGUUCCCUGCACGGCUAGUGGAUGUUGCUAGGACGCCAGAAAGGAGAGCAAGGUGAAAAGUCACUGGGUGUCACAACCAGAAGAGGAAAGGGCUUUCACUAAGGGUUCAUGAAUCAUGAAAAACUAGGCACCACUCUUUAUGUAGUGUAAUCAACGCGAGUUCACAAAGCCAAAUGUUUUGUACUUCGUUUAACAUGUACUUUAAACGUAACUUCUUAAAUGUAUGUAAUGAGGAAUGAUACAGAUAUUGUAGUAGUAUUGAUUCACAAUUGCAUGAUUUUAAUAGUUAUUAAGAAUAUAUAAUUCAAUGUUGAAACAUGUACAUUGGAAUGUUACAAUGUACUUAUAAAAAUUAUUCACUAAAAUUUUAA